CAUGAUGCCACCGAGCGUUUUCGCGACUGUUUGAAACGUCCUGGAUCUGCUGCUGCAGUGGCGGACCUGAAACUCCUCGAUGCCACCCCCGGGCUAAGAUCUUCGAGUUUCCUGGGAUGGAAAGUCUGAGAGCAAUCACAACGAAAGUCCCCGAUUUGCGCUCGGGCGUGCUGCGUCAGAAGUCCAUCCAUGCUUGUAUGCUUGUGGAAUAUGCGAAUGUCUCAGUAUUCAGAAGCACCGAGCCCAUAUCUCUCCUCUCAGAGGCUGUCUCUUGGGAUUCCUGUUCUGUAUUGGUGGCUCUCAGCCCCCCAGUGGUGAAAUGUCGUUGGUUGUUCCCCCUCAACGAUCAACUUCUUCCGAGUCUCGUUCCUGUCGACUUGCCACUGCCACCAUCGAUCAGGCGUCCCUUGGUUGCUUCCCCGCCCGCUAUCAGCCACACGGCGACCAACAUCCAACGCGUAUCCGAUAUCCACAUCGUCAUUGAUGUUGAAAGGCAGACUUUGCGAACCAUUUGCGGGGAAACUGGGCGGGAUAGGCAACAGCCCUAGCAUUCUCGACAGCGAUUUGUCGGCUGAUUGCCCGGGCGCCAGAGGCGGGUGUGAAUGGAUUGCCUGGCUGGAGAAAGUGCAACGCGUAUUCUUAUCUCGACAUCGCCUCCGCCAUCCAUCAAACGGCCCUCGCAAGUUGAUGAGACCGAUAGAGCCAAUGACUCGGACGACGUAUUACUUCCUGAAGUGGCCGCGCCAACGUGUCUGCCUCGAACACAUCCGAACUUCCUUGAAGAAAGCAAGAAAAGGUUAAGUCACUAGGCGCCCGGGGGCUGCCCAUCUUGCUAUCCUUCCUGCAGCUGCACGGCGGUGGAUCGUCCGUCCUGGAACGGGCGUGAACAAAGAUCCUUCGUUGAUGGAUGACGGUGCGACAUCAAAUCCCUCAUUCCACAACACUGUCCACCGCGCCAUUCAUGCGGUUUUGGAAAAGAAGGAAGCUCAAGAAAACAUGGCUCAAAACUUCUAGGGCCUCGGAGCCAAUCGUUGGUUUAUGCCUUUCCUGACGUUUCGCUUCAAGCUACGCCUUUGCUGUCUUCCCUUCCACUGGGGAUCUUGUGCCUUGAAGCGAGCCAUUCUGUUUCACGUUUGCAUGUCAGUGCUCCUUCGUCUUCCUGGUGUCGU